AUGGACGACAAAGACCUACAGUGUCCCAGAGUGCCGCCUCCAUACUCCACCAGGACCCUGCACCACCCCUCCUUCAUGUCGUUGUACUCAGAUACAGGGUUGAGACAGUGCCAUGGGGACAGACAAACAGUUCACCCCGUGAUUCCUCAAGAGAUGUUUUACACAGAUCCAACCAUGACACGUGGGAGAAGAAUGAUCAACCAUAUAAACGAGCCAAGGGAUUUUGACUGUUUCCAGCUCAACACUCCUUCACCCAUCAUGUCUACAUGUCCGGCCUCGCCAAACUGCUCCGACCCUUUCAGGAACAGGCAGCACUUCACCAGAAACUUGGGCUGCUCCUCCAGGGAGACGAGCGGCAAACUCCCCCCCGUGAACUGCAUGUACGUGGUAAUCCAGCUGACGCAAGAGGAAGACGAGACUAUGACGAGCCUCCUCAGACUGCAUCAUGGGGAAGGGAGGCCAGACCAGUCAGGAGUCCAAGGACCACAAGCGGACUGUUCCAAAAUACCAAAUGAACAAAUUGAGACACAUUCUGCAAGUUCACACUGGUCUGACACAGAAAUGGAAGUUGCAAACACACUCAUAACUCAACUCGGUGUCAUAAGUGAUAACAAUGUGUAA